GAAGAUGUAACAUCUGCAUCUCAGAAAGAGACUCUCUCAGCAGGUCAGAAUCAAAUUCAAGGUAGCUAUUCGCCAGCAGCUGCAUCAAGGAAAAGUGCUCAGACAAAAAAAUAUAUGAAAUAUAUUAAUCGAGGAUGCCUAACAGAGGGAGCUCAGGAAGAAGCAUACACAGUUUGCAGUAGCAAAUGUCCUCGCCAUCGGGCUAGGCAGUGCCAGUGUUUGGCAGUGUCCCCUGGUCCAAGUCAACGAACGGACGCAAUCCAGGACUACAAGGAGGAACAGUACCAAGCUUACGACGGAGACAAUACAGUUGUUCAUCAAGUAUCCUCGCAUCAUGAUCUCGAAAUGCGCACAGCAGGUCGCACGGAAAAGGCUUCGCCAUUUUGUGCUCCAUUGACGUGGGAGGAUAGCUGUGAGCCUCACACAGUUCAAUGUUACUGCGACUUCAGCCGCAAUGUCGAGAAAUUAAACUCUUCUUGCUACACUGAGUAUCCAGGACGGUCUAUGGCUUCGUCGCCCGAGAAGUUACAGGAGAGUGUCCCCGAAAAUACCGAUCAGCAUUCCCCCUACGAAUCAACGUAUCAGCUAAGCUACGGCAGCUCGGCGGAUCCAGGACGCGUACACCGGAAUGUAAUUACCAGCUGUUAUGACGAGGAUAAUUGUACGUCUGCUGAGCGCAGCCCUGAUUACUCAAGUUUUCCAGGCCACAGUCAGACUCGUCAGUACGGGUCCUGUGCAACUGAUUGCACAGGGCGUAAACGCUCAGGACGUAAUUUCUCCAAUGACAGCUAUCAUGAGUCACAGGCAGCGUCAGGUAGUCUUGGGUAUGAACAGUACUCGGAUGGCAGAGCAAUUAAUCCGCCCAUGCAGUCACCAGUUCAAAGCCAGCCUAACUAUGCUGAGGCUAAGACAGGACUGCCGAUUAUGAUCUGCGAGAAGCGUACGCGCACUGUCACCUUCGAGGACGAGAGCGGAAAAGUGCGCAGGAUGCGCAAUGUUGUUGAGCACUGUCGAAGCAAAAUAGAAUGGGAGCAGGUCUUAACCCAUCGAGAUUGCGAUGCGGACAUCAGUCACUCGGAUGCUGACUUCGGAGGAAACAAUUCCACAGAUGACGACGAUUGCACUUGUACUUGCCGGUCAAGUAGCUCUGCCGGCACCGAGAUCACCUGCAUAGAGUCAAACUGUGAUCUUCAUGAUGACUUCUGCAACAACGAACAUGACUCUAGAUCGCAGCCAAACUGCGGUAGCUUGCCGAAAUGUAAUCACUGCCCCUGCAUGCUCAGAACCUAUGUCAGUCUGGCCUCCAUCUGCACGCCAAACAGCCGAUCCAUUCAGUAGGAGCAGCCUUGGUGUCAGCACAAAUUUUAGUUACGUUUUUACAAUCUUUAUUAUACAACUUCGAGAGCCCUAAGA